UGCCUCGUUGACUUCUGGUUUAGAUGGAGCUUCGGGUUCAUCGGCGCUAAAUGGUUAGAAUGGGAUGGAUGGAACUAUCAAGUCAGUAAUACGCACUAGAUAUCCUCAAAGAGGGCCUCGUCGUCAUCAAAGGUGGACAUAACUGGACACUAAACUAAAGUACGGAGCUAAUUAUAAUACAAGAUCUCUAGUUUAUUGAGUGUUAUACCGUUAUAAAACUAAACAAAACUAUGUAUGAUUCACGCUGGCGUCUGGGGACAGCGAUGAUGGUUGCUUUUAUAGUGGACUGGGGGUUACCCGGCCGUGCGCCUGGGUCGGUGGCGGUGGCCGGUGGUGCGAGAAACUGCCAGGGAGUAGCCGCCGGGCGUGGUGCGAGCGUUGGGCGGGUUUCUCUCGCUAGCGAGAAGUGGCGGUGCGAGCGUAGCGAAGAUUGGGCGGUGCGCCCUCGCGCCUGGUGGAAGAGACAGGCAGUUCGCCAGAAGCCACCACAAGAAGGGACGCAAGGAAUGGGGUGGGCAUUUGAGGGUGAUCACUGAGUGUGAGUGUAGGCCGACUAGAGCGGAUAGUCUCCUAUAUUAAUAGUUUUCCUAUUUUUUGUUGG